AUGCUGUUCCCGAGACUCCUUGGUGAAUAUGAUCAGAAUAAUCAACUCGGGCACUACAGUGUUUAUACUGGGAAAGUCGUACCUGGCGAGUUGGCGACUGACAGUGGCUUUUGGGAUGCUUACAGGACGGUUUACCUCUGGUUAAGUGUUGCCGCUCCGGACAUUCUAGAUCGUCUUUUAGAGGGGUGGGUGAAUGCCUAUAAGGAAGCUGGCUGGUUACCGACGUGGGCGUCACCUGGCCAGAGGGGCUCUAUGGUUGGCACUAUGGGGGAUGUGGUUUUUGGUUGGGCGAUAAUUGCCAACAAGACGCCGCAUUUGGCUGAUGAUAUGUACGCGGCCAUCCGGAAAGAUGCUUUUGUGGAACGUCCUAAGAACUCGCAGUUUGGAAGAGAAGGACUUAGCGCGUACUCCGACCGAGGAUACAUUCCGGUUAAAUCAAAUGUGUCCGAGGUCGUAUCGAGAGGCCUCAAUUUCGCCGAGGCCGACUCUGUGAUUGCAGCAGCAGCGUCCAAACUAGGACACUAUUCUGAUGCUAGCGUUCUCUAUGGCAGAGCUCAGAAUGCCCUGGAGAAGUCCUUCAACACUGAGAGCAAAUUGUUCGAGCCGCUCGAAGCUAGCGGGAACUGGAUCUCUCCGUUCGACCCAUCAUUGUGGUCAGAUGAGUUCUUUACUGAGGCUUCAGCGCGCCAGUAUCGCUUCUAUGCGCCUUUCAAUGUGGAUUUCCUCAUCACGAAGUAUAGUGGCCGAGAAGCACUCUGCGAGCACUUGGAAAAUCACUUCAGUGAACAGGUGUGUCCAGUUUACACAAGCGGUAAUUUUGGUUUACUCCACGAAGAAACCGAGUUGGGACUUACGAGCGAAGAUUUUGGUCAAUAUGGUCACAAUAACCAGCCGUCCCAUCACGUUUUGGGUAUCGCUGUCGCCGCUCAGUGUUUCCACGUCGCUGAUAAGUACAUGGAAAAAGUUCUGACGGAGCUAUAUACUCCUGAUGGAUGGUCCGGUGAUGAAGACAACGGUGAGAUGGCGGCUUGGUAUAUGCUUAACUCUUUGGGUUUCUACAUGAUUGAUUUUGCCAAGGACGAAUUACUGUUGUUCGCUCCCUUGGUAAAGGGAAACUACACAAUAUCAUUGCUAGGCGAGAAGACAGCAGUUCGGGUUGAGAACGUCGAUCUAAGCGGUGGGCACGCGAGUAGCCGUCCGUAUGUGUGUGAAGUACAUUGGUACCCGUUGCGUGGCAAUAUCAAUGCUGCUGAGCUCGAGCUGGAUUCGGCCAGAUCUGUUCGUGGGUUGACGAGAAGACCUGAGCCUGUUGAUUAUGUUGUCCUUGAAACUCGUCGACUGGCUCGUACUGACUUCGUUAAAGGUGGACGUUUGGUCUAUUUCACUAGUGCAUCACGUUGUUGA